AUGAAACAGGAGCUUUUGCCGCCAGCAACGAUCAUCAGUCCCAUCAACAAGUCCUUCGAGCUGAAAACGCCUCCGCACUCGGUUGUCAGGGACGGCCCCGUCAAAUCGCAUGACACGCGCUCCACCCUCCGUACAAACGGCCUGCUAUCGCCAGAGUUUUCGUCGCCACAAGUGACCCGCGGCGCCGAUGACGACGAUUUCGACGACGACGACUACGAGGAGCCUGGCUACUCCAGAAAACGCAAGCUGCACUCGUCUCCGCCGCCGCCGCCCAAGUUUGCCCAGCCCGAGGGUGCUGCAAAAAGCCGCGCCGCAAACAAGACCAGACGGCUCAAGGGCCCGCAGAACAUCGAGAUACCCGACCCAGAAGACAUGCCGCCUGUGAUCUUCGACUCUCACGAGAAACCGCCGUUUUCGUACGCCUCACUGAUAGGCAUGGCCAUUCUGCGCGCGCCGGGACGCAAACUCACGUUGUCGCAAAUAUACCAGUGGAUUUCGGAUAACUUCAAGUACUACAAAAAGGGCGAGGUGGGCUGGCAGAACUCCAUCCGCCACAACCUCUCGCUCAACAAGUCGUUCGCCAAGACGGAAAAGUCCAAGGACGGCAAGGGCCACUUCUGGAAAAUUGUGGACGGGUACGAGUACCAGUUUUGCCACAUCAAGAAUUUCGAGAAAAUGAUGGCUGCCGGGAAACUCAAGCGCUCCAGAGACUCCCAGCCGCAGCCAGCCGCCAAGUCGCUAUCGUACACGCCGCAGACGUCGCACCGUCACCCGCAGUCGCCCGAGCUGCCGCUCAAACGGGCCAACACCGACCCGUACCAUCUGGACUUCGACCGACAACACCCCGCUGGUCUUCUGGGCUCCAUUCCGGAGCUCGCGGCCCCGUCGUCCUCUUGGAAGGCCUCGGCAACGGGCGAGCAUAUUGUCUUCAAAGAAACUCAAAUGUCUCCCGAACAGUCUUUUUUGCAGGAGUCACCCGGUGGGCCUAUUUUCGCGGCUCGCUCGCUGCCGUUCACGUCCUCGUUCAGCUGUAAGUCUACGCUCGAGCUGUCGCCAAUCAAGUCCGGCGAAACAGGACCCUUACUCGAACCGCUCACGCCCAAACAGAACAGCUCACUCAACACGUUGCAGAAGUCGCAAUACCAAUACGACCAGCUGCUGCUGUCGAAGUUUCGGUCGCCCACGAGCGUGCUCAAGACGCCCAACCUGUCGGCCACCAAGAAACUGUGGACCUCGCCGUCGUAUCUCGACGAUUUCUACACCUCGCCCAGCGCCGGCCGCGGAGCAGAGGAGGACACCGUGUACGGCUCGCCUUUGGGGCCGGUCAAAAAACGCAAGACCGGCUCCUCUUCGCGGUACUCUGCAAACGAGAUCUUUGGCAUCGACAUUUGCAAGAUCCACCAUGACGAUUGA